GGGGCAUCACAGGGGCGUCUUUGGGUCAUGAGUUGUGUGAUAAGACUUGAGUGGGGCGAUAGAUGCCAAAGGGUGCUGGACUCACAGACAAACAUAGACAGAUAGAUAGAUAGACAAGAUAGAAGGCACUGUAGCGAAUGAAGUAUCACAUAUGUCUCCCUUUUUUGUGUUUUUCUGUACGUGUUUUCAUUCCCGCAUUCCGUAUUUUCUCACCUUGUUCCCUCGCCACAUGGUCUCGUUGGCUCCGCAGACUCGAGGUAAAUUGGUUGUUGGCACCUGGCAGCGUCCUCGAGGUGGCCCCAGGUUCCCCGCUCACACGGUGCUCAGGUGUGGCGAGGCGCGGGUGUGUGCGUGCGUGCGGGCGUCCUUUCACCUGUGUCUCCUAGUGCUGCUCAUUUAAACUGUCCAUCUCAAUCGUUCCUCGUGGUCGUAACGCGAAGGGAGACCUGGAGUGGUGCUUAUUGAAGCAUACGUACACAUACAUGCAUUAAACGUACACGAAACAAAAGGAAAAAAAAGACCGACUUGAUUUACCUACACACGUCCAGUAAGCACAUACAGCACUGAGGAAUUAGCAGUGUCUAGCAACCAUCAGUGAAAAACAGUGUUAAUAUUCCCCAUAAAAUCAUCCUUUUAAAAGUGAAGGAAAAUAGCGGAAACAGAAAGAAACAGUGAUAUAAAAGCAGUGACAAGACCACACACACCCACACACGCGUCACUGCAGGAGAGUGACGCGACCUGCAGCAGCAGCAGCGGCAGUGAGUGAGAAGUCAGUUACGAGAAGCGUGGAGAGAGAGUGACUGCAGUGGUCGUGACGGUGACAGCACAGCGCGGUGGCAACACACAAACACACUCACUCACACACACACACAGACUCACGCUCAAGUGCCCAGUGCGGAGCGUGAGGCAGUGGUGUGGAGACGCUGCCGGGGAGAGAGAGAGGAGAGACAGAGGUAGUGAGAGAGAGGCUGGGGAUGGUGGGAAGCCUCGCCUGACUAGCCACUCCUGCCCCUUGCCUUGACGAGGUGAGGGAGCGGCACUGCAAGAAAAUAGGUAUUGCAAGAGGUGGCGGUGGUGGGGGAGGAGGAGGAGGAGGAGGGGGAGGAGGAGGAGGAGGAGGAGGGAAGGGAAGGAGAGGAAACAAGCAAGUGAGGGACUUUAGUGGCAGUGGUCGGCUGUGUACCUAUGCCCGAGGGUGGUGCCUCACUCUGCCCAUCAUGGACUUUUGGCAGCACUUCUUCGGUCUCUCCCACGAGAACAACAACGUGCCCGUCCACCACGCCGCCCCUGCAGGGGUGGGCCGGAUGGCGGCGACGGAGGGCCAGAUACGCUUCAGCGGCCACACACUGGACAAGGCCACCAAGGCGAAGGUGACGCUGGAAAAUUAUUACUCCAACCUCAUUGCACAACACCUGGAGAGGAAACAGAGGCAAGACAAGUUGGAGGAGAGUAUGAAGGAAGAGGGGCUGUCGGAGGACCAAAAACAGGAGAAGCGACAGCAGCAUGCCCAGAAGGAGACAGAAUUCCUGCGCCUCAAGAGAUCUCGCCUUGGUGUGGAGGACUUUGAGGCUCUGAAGGUCAUUGGCCGAGGAGCAUUCGGAGAGGUACGAUUAGUGCAAAAAAAAGAUACCGGACACAUCUACGCCAUGAAGAUCUUACGAAAGGCUGACAUGUUGGAGAAGGAGCAGGUGGCACAUGUGAGAGCUGAGCGGGAUGUGCUGGUCGAGGCCGAUCACCAGUGGGUCGUCAAGAUGUACUACUCUUUUCAGGACCCAAUCAACCUCUACCUGGUGAUGGAGUUCCUGGCUGGAGGUGACAUGAUGACUUUAUUAAUGAAGAAGGACACAUUGUCAGAAGAAUGCACUCAGUUCUAUAUUGCUGAGACGGCUCUUGCCAUUGACUCUAUUCACAAACUUGGCUUCAUUCACAGAGACAUCAAGCCCGACAAUCUUCUUUUAGAUGCCAGAGGACACAUUAAGCUGUCCGACUUUGGCUUGUGUACAGGAAUGAAGAAGUCUCAUCGCACAGAAUUUUACAAAGACCUCAGUCAAGCUAAACCGUCCGAUUUCACGACCUACUCCAAUGUUCCAGCAUCCAACCCUAUGGAUUCUAAGCGUCGGGCAGAAAGUUGGAAGAAAAACCGGCGGGCUCUUGCCUACUCCACUGUGGGGACGCCAGACUACAUCGCCCCAGAGGUGUUUAUGCAGACUGGCUACGGACAGAGCUGUGACUGGUGGAGUCUGGGGGUCAUCAUGUAUGAAAUGUUGAUAGGCUAUCCCCCGUUCUGUAGCGAAAACCCUCAGGAAACUUACCGCAAGGUAAUGAACUGGCGGGAAACCUUAGUGUUUCCUCCUGAAGUUCCUAUCUCAGAGCAGGCCAAGGAUACCAUCAUGAGGCUGUGCUGUGAGGCAGACCGCAGGGCCGGCUCCCACCAAGGCAUCGAAGACCUCAAGUGUAUGAAAUUCUUCCAGCAAGUUGAUUGGGAGCACACAAGAGAACGACCUUCGGCAAUCAACGUUGAAGUGAAGUCCAUCGAUGACACGAGCAACUUUGACGAGUUUCCAGAAGUUGACAUAAAACUACCAGCGUCUUCCGUUGCAGCUGUUUCCCCACCCGUGAGGGAGGGUGAGGCGGGCUACAAGGACUGGGUGUUCAUCAACUACACAUACAAGCGGUUCGAAGGCCUCACCCAGAGAGGCGUCAUACGUCCAUAGACAAGCCCAGCAGGCCCUGGCAGGGGGCAGAACAAAGAAUGACUACCAGGAUGAAAGACUGGAGGCAGUGGUGGGUCAUGUGCAAGGUUUGUGAGAAAACUAACCUGAGCUUGUGAUAAACACGAGUCGACAAGUGAUCAAGUCUCCUGGAGAGUGAAGAAGGCACGUCGUGGGGAGCCCAGGCACCAUGCGGGGUGUCCUGCGAGGGGAUGGCCUGGAGGAAUGCAGUCAUCCAGGUACCAGAGAGAACAAGUAGUCCCUCAGGUGUUAAGACUGUUAUAUUAUUUUUGUUAAUAUAUUGAGCAAUUUUGGCAUUAGUACAUAGGUAUUCCUAUUGUCUUGAUCACGGCAACAUCACACGCGCCAGGCAGGCCAACAGUGGCGGCCCGUAGGAGUUCCCGCCCCUCACGCACCCGUUGAGGCGAGUGCUGGGAGGCUCAUCACCCUCUGCAGAGGGAAAGGUUUCUUACCUCAUCAUUGUGAAAUCAUUUUUCCUUCAGUACCAUAAAGGGAUAAGCCCAGCAAAAGGCUUAAUUUUUUUUAUUUCCUAAUGUGAUUAGAAACCAAUGUUUCAGUAAUAUUCUUUUCUGCAUAAUUUGCAUUAUAGUUUUAUUGUGAUUUUAGCUAAGCCUUACAGCUGAUGACAGACUGUGAUAGAAUCCCUGCAAAAAGUGAAUGAAUAUCUUGAGUCAGGAUUUUUUUUCCUGUCUUGAAAUAUGUUUUCCUUUGAUGUUUUAAGGUACUUUACUUGCAGUUUUUGCCCUUUUUUCUGUGCCUUUCUGCAAAAGAGAUCAUAAUUUUAGUUGCUGUAGGAUAGGGUGCCCAGUAAUAUGCAGAAAUAUGGAAGUAAUGGAACAUAAAAAGAAUCAUGUCAUAUAAAGAUAGUUUUGUACAUUGUAAAACAUGUAUAUGGUAGUGUUUGUUAACCCCUCUCAUUUGUAUCUUUACAUUUCAUCUCAUCUCUAGUAUUUAUUUGCUUCAUGUUGCAUCACAUCAAGAUUAGAAUGAGAGCAGAGGUACAUGUGUGAUACAUGUGGAAUAAUAAUUGUUUUAUCAUUUUCAUAAUUCUUGGUAAAUUAAGUUUGUUAUAGUAUCCCUUAGAAGUGAAGGUUGUGAAUGUACUUUUUUGUUGUUGUUCCAGUUGAAAAACACACUGAAAUUUCAGUGUGAAUAAUUUUCAACAAAAAAAAAAAGCAUAUUAGUGAAGAUUCCCUAAGCAGUAGCCUGUUGUAUGGUGUGGAGUGCAUGUGUAUGCAUACAUCCAUGCAGAGUGAUCAAUAUUAUGCUUCAGGCACCAAGAGCAUUGCACCCAUGGCCAGAAAGCUUGUUUCCUCUUAAUACAUCCAGAAUUCCAUGGAAUUUCCAAGUCUACUAAUUUGCCUGUUACUUUUAUAAAUUUGAGGAUGCCUGAUACAUUCCAGCAGCAACGUUUUGAAUCACGGGCUUGCCUGACGCCCAUCAGAUAGAUGUGUAAGUAAAUAAUGUACAAAUGCGUGCACUGUAUUUUCACAUUGCUUGUGUUCCAAUAGGAUGUUGGGUAAGUUCUGCUGCUUUCACAAUUAGGCAUUUUUGUUUGUGAUGUAACAAGAACUCUCUGAAUGUAUAAGGAAAAGAAACUGUUUGUCUGCAUUUUAUUUGGUGAGGACAGCUGAAAGUGAAGACAGUGUUAUGUGGGAUGUGUCGCACCAGUCGCUCCCACACAGCAGAAGGUGUGUGUUAUUCUGCAUGUCAGAAGCACAUCACAGGUAUCACCUCUGACAUGAUGGAUGUUUUUGUUUGAACUCGAAAUUACUACUGUUCCUGCUGCUGGUUGAUUUUAGCAUUGUUUUAUGUAUUUUAGUACACAAAAGUAAAAAUAGACUAUGAUUAUUUUAAAUUAUUUUUAGAUGUACAAAAACUGAUGAGAAAAAAAGUAAUUAGUUUUUCCUAAAAUUCAUCUCCAGGUAGAGACUUGGUGUAGUGUUUUGAGCUUGCAUGUGUAGUGUUGUGGCUGUCAGGACCCAAGCGUGAGAGCAGCACCACAGCUCCCCAGAUGCCAUUUCCUUCAAGGCAGUAGAUCUCCUUUGACUUGAAGUAACAUGAGCACAUUUUAGUAAUUUUACUCAUUUUAAUGUACAUAUCUUUCCAACAUCUCUAGAUUGUGUUGAAUCUAUUAAUGCAUUAGCAGUGGAAUCUAGGCAGUGUACUGAAUCAGCAUUAUUGAGAAUAUUCUUCAUUUAUCAGUGGAUGUAACUGUUGAAAAAAUAUCUGUGGUUUAUUCAAUUCUUUUAAGACUAAAACUUGCAGCAUUCACUCCUUGUACUGAGCAGUGAAGGUGUCUCCUGUGUAGACAUGAGUUGAUUAUAUUAUCAUCACAAUUUAAGACCCAUUUCAUGUAAUUAGAUAAAUCAUGUAGCAUUGAUUGUGUUAUAUUAAUAACUUUAGGUAAUACUAAUUGCUAGAAACUAAAAAAAAAAAAAUGUAAUUUUGAGUUGAAAAUGUGAUUGUGCUGUGUGAUAAGUUUACAUGGAGAUGUGUGGUAUGUAAUUAUGUAGUAAGUAAUUGUUGCACAUGCUUGUGUGUGUGUGUGUGUGUGUGUGUGUGUGUGUGUGUGUGUGUGUGUGUGUGUGUGUGUGUGUGUGUGUGUGUGUGUGUGUGUGUGUGCGCGUGUGCGUGCAUGUGUGUGUGUGCGUGUGUGUGUGUGUGUGUGCAUGCGUGCGUGUGCGCGCGUGCGCACACAGGAAUGCUUGCAUGCCUGCACAUCACUGUAAAUGUGCAAGCAGUAUGUAAGGUAUAUAAGAAAAAGAUUUUUCAGACAUUGUGUGUGGAAAGGCUCAGACUUAGGGAUGUGGAAAUAACAGAAUCAUUUGGAAUACACAACUAAAGGAUGUUUUGAUCCUAAUUCUGUUUGACUUUGAAGCCUCCAUCCCAGUUUGCUGUGUUGUGUGCAGCACAGGCCCAAGAUGUAGUGUUUCCUCAGCAUCUAGUUAGAACCUUCAAGUUUUACUAUCAGUUCUUAGUGGCCCUAAAUGGUAUAUACAUUCCUCAUGGUGUAAGUAAUGACAUGUAUCUGGCAUUGUACAGUAUUUUUUUUCCUAAGUAAAUCUCCUCAGAGUGAAACAAGUACCGUCCGUGGGACAUGAUGUGGCAUGAAAGAGUUAAAAUUUAGCCUAGGUCAACCCAGUAUCAGUGUGCUGAAAAUACUUAAUUUCUUCAGCAGUAGCUGGCUAUCAGGUAUCACAGUGCUAUAAAUUGUGUAUCAGAGUUUUGCAAGUUUAGUUUCUGAAGUUUUAUGAUCAAACUACUUGGCCUUAGAACUAUUUUCCUAGAAGGAAAUAUGAAGAAUAGCCAAAUUGUGCAACAUUUAUUUGGCAAUACCAGUAUUUUUGUGACAUGCAUAGUACUUGUAGGACAACGCUUGCCUAAGGACCCCUUUUGUUUGCAAUUCACAAUCCGCAUUGCAGACUGUACAAAACUAUCCAUCAUCUCCUAGGGGAAGCAUCCAGGGGUUGUAGCAAUUGACGCCAUAAUUACCUUGAACCAACAUAACAACUUGCCCAUAAUCACCAUCAGAGCCUUAUUUUCAUUAGUGCUUAACUAUCAAAGUGAGGCUAAACUGGGGUUUUUAGGAGAUCUCGUGUACAUACAUAGACAGUCGUAGCUCCUGUAACUAGUCACCAAUAAAGAUUAAAAUAGUA